GUGAUCUCCCAGUUCCGCCUCAUAACAGCAGCCGUCAGUCUUUAGUAAACUGACCUCACACGUUGCAUUUUGCCGUUUUCUCGAAACCAAACAGAGUCUUUCGUGUGGAUUGCGAAUGGCUUCAUACACUGCAUCGAACAGUGGAUAGCAGCUAACUAACAUUGCUGCGCCCCAAGAGUUAAUCUAGCCUUAGCAUUAGCCGCUGGGCUAACGACUCUGCUAAGGGAGAUUGUUUAUCGUCUUUUUUCAUUGGCACCUCGUCUUUCCUGGAGGAAACAUCGACCCGAACACAUGGACACACGCACCAAGAGUCUAUGACUGUUUGAGCUGUGAGAAGAAAAUCGCUGACUCGUAUCUCCCAAGUUCACCGCUGUGUCAAUCGGAGGUCACAGUGCAACUCUGCACUCCAGAACCAGCCAUGCUGACCUAGAAUCAGCUGUUUGUUCCUGCAGUCUGAACCCCAGCUGGCAGCAAUAAUCCAAAGACCAUGUCUGAUAACCAGGCCAACAACAAUGCCCCGCUCAACAAUAACAACAACGUUGGGCCCAACCGGAUGCGGAACCCCAACAUCAACCAGAACCCACUCAUCAAUGUCAGAGACCGCCUCUUCCAUGCCCUCUUCUUCAAGAUGGCGGUCACUUACGCCCGCCUCUUCCCCCCGUCCUUCAGGAGGGUGUUUGAGUUCUUCGUCCUGUUGAAGGCGCUCUUCGUCCUCUUCAUCCUCGCCUACAUCCACAUCGCCUUCUCUCGCUCACCCAUCAACUGCCUGGAGGCAGUGAGGGAGCGAUGGCCUCGCGACGGCAUCCUCCGCGUGGAGAUCCAGAGGAACUCCAGCCGGGUGCCAAUCUUCCUGCAGUAUUACGACUCUUCAGGCUUCCAAGAGGAUCUGGGACAGGAGGCAGCUGGUGGAGGGAUGGCGGGCCUCAGUCUGGCAGCGCUGCAGGAGGAAGAGGAGGAGGAAGAGGAGAUGACCCUGGAGAUGUUUGACAAUAGUUCGGUGCAGUUCGAGCUGGACAUCGAGCCUCGCCUCAAGCCAUCUCUGAUUGGCGGCGGAGCAGUUGGCGGAGGUGGAGGAGGCAGCGCGAACGAAAGCCAGGACGUCUCCUUCAGCCAGACCACUAAAGGUAUGCAGCCGCUGAGGGACAAAGUGUCAGAGCUGGAGAUGAUGACCCGAGCAGUGUGGCCACAAGAGGAGUACAUUGUGGAGUAUUCCCUGGAGUACGGCUUCCUGCGACUGUCUCAGAGCACCAGGCAGAGGCUCAACAUCCCCGUCAUGGUGGUCACGUUGGAUCCCAUGAAGGACGAGUGUUUCGGCGACGGAUUCAGCCGCUUCCUGCUCGACGAGUUUCUGGGCUACGACGACAUACUCAUGUCCAGUGUCAAGGCUCUUGCAGAGAACGAGGAGAACAAAGGGUUCCUGAGGAAUGUGGUGUCUGGAGAACAUUAUCGCUUCGUAAGCAUGUGGAUGGCGAGAACAUCGUACCUGGCUGCCUUUGUCAUCAUGGUCAUUUUUACGCUGUCUGUGUCGAUGCUGCUCAGAUAUUCUCACCACCAAAUCUUCGUCUUCAUCGUGGACCUCCUGCAGAUGUUGGAGAUGAACAUGACCAUUGCCUUUCCAGCAGCUCCUUUGCUCACCGUCAUCCUUGCACUUGUUGGAAUGGAGGCCAUCAUGUCGGAGUUCUUCAACGACACCACCACAGCCUUUUACAUCAUCCUUAUCGUCUGGCUGGCCGACCAGUACGACGCCAUCUGCUGCCACACUAACACGAGCAAACGCCACUGGCUACGGUUCUUCUAUCUGUAUCACUUUGCCUUCUACGCCUAUCACUACCGCUUCAAUGGUCAGUACAGCAGUCUGGCUCUGGUCACCUCCUGGCUCUUCAUUCAGCACUCCAUGAUCUACUUCUUCCACCACUACGAGCUUCCUGCCAUCCUGCAGCAGAUCAGAAUCCAGGAGAUGCUGCUGCACAACCAGCAGGGCGGGCAGGCCAACCAGACAGCCCUGCAGGACAGCCUCAACAACAACACAGCGGCCGCGCCCGCAGCACCCGCACCUCCUGGCCCCGCUGAAGCUCCCCAGUCGGGGGCCGCAUCCACGCCACAGUCCGACGUCCCACCCAGCUCCGCUAUUGCCCCUCCUGCGGCCGGAGGGGAGGUGAGGGCGGAGCUCAACUGGAUGGCUCAGACUGCGGCCAUCAUCACGGAAGCUCUGUCGUCCUCGGCCCAGCAGGGGGCAGCGGUGCUGGACGCUGUUCAGGGAGCAGCCGGCAGCAGUUCGAGAGCGACGGGCGCAGACGAGAACAGCGCGACGGGAGGAGAGGUGGCGGGGGGCGAGACAGCCGCCCGGCCUUUAGAAAUGAAACCCUCAGCUGGAGGGCAGCAGGGGGCCGGACCCUCUGGCGAAACAGACUCUUCCGCCCCACAGACUCCAAACACAGACUGCAAAGCGCAGCAAAGCUCUGACACAUCCUGAGAGGCAUAGACCAAGUCCAGUGGAACUCGUGUGUCCAGCAACAGAGCACCCAACUGUCGGGCGAUCGAUUACUGAUCGCGUUCUGGGUUUGCUUACUGAUCCAUAGCUGACCAGAGAGGUGACCCCCGCCGCUAGUUUUUAAUCAUCACACAACUUUAUUUUACUUAUCAGUUAGUUCACUGAGGGGUCAGCGUGAAGGCUGCAGUUCAAUGGCAGGUGUUGCUCUGCAUGUCUGUGGCAGCGGAAACAAGACAACCCUUUUCCUGUUUCCUGUUGUAUUGAUACCAAGUGCGCGUCAGAUGGAAUUGUGUGUCUUUUGUAUUGUCCCAGUGUCACCCAGACACUUUAGAGUCAAACAUUUCACGUGUGCCGGAGACGUCCGUUUGGAGUCCUCGCAUUCUUCCCUCAUCCAAGACAGUCUCGAGUGACUGCUGAAAUCAUGAGUCUUGUGUCCUCAUCUUUGUUGGUUUCAAGGUGAUGUGUGUGGCCUGUCAUCCAAACGUCCCACCUCAAGUCUGCUGCUCCGUCGACUUGUCCUCAGCCUGUCUUGUUUCCGUCAGUCCAGAGAACACAAAACCUGACUUAAGCAUCAACACAAACUCAGCCAUUGAUCAGCCGACCUGAUAACUGAUCGGCUCUGGUUCUGGCAGACCAAAGCACAAGACCUGUGAGAUUUUUUUUUCCCCCUUCCAUUGCUUACAUUCUAUUUUUGAAAACUGAAUGUGUAUUUGGAGCGCUGUGGUGUCGAACUGAAGUCAAAGAAAACAACGAAUGCCUUAUCAACGUCAUCUUUUUAAGCGUGCUGAUUGGCUGUGCAAUAUGACACUGGUUCUUUUGGCACGACGCUGGCUCCGCCUCCACUAGAGGGCGCUGAUCGCUCACAUCGUAGCAAAAGCGUAGUUACCAUGGCAACUUCUGUUCACCAGGCGGGCCAAACCAUCACAGAAUACAUCAUUGAGUUUUUGGUAUAUGAACACUCACCUGAGCGUCAGUGAGGUGGAGUGGCGGAGCCUGGACCCAGCAUCACUAACUGGACCAGACCAACAGACUCUGUGGUUUGUCUUCUUCUCGUGCCUCGGCUGAUUGGCUGUAGCUCCAGUAGUUGAUCUCAAGUCUCGAACUUGUCUGACUGUAUUUAACUGUCCAGUAAAACCAGUGCACAACCCAGACUUCCUUGUCUCUUUUCUCCGUUGCGGACAUAAAGCACAUCCGUUGACGCGUGUUUUGCUCCACAAGUUCUGAUUGAAGUCCAGAGACAAAUUAAGCCCCUGAAAAGUCAAUGAAAUAUAGGUAUAAUGGCUGGAAAUGAACACUUGAGUUGGGAUCAAAAUAUUUUGAAACACUUGGGUUGCUCUCCGUGUCACUAGAGGACAUCUGCCUUGACUUGCGUUUGUCUAAGUUGGCGUCUGUCUAGAGCAGGGGUGUCCAAACUUUUUGCAAAGGG